AUGGACAAUUCAUCUAUCCGUCCGCAGUCAACUGAGGGUGGAGAGAGAGUACCGCUUUACCGUGUCGAGUAUAGCAACGCCAUCGACAUGUGGUUGGAUAAAUUCGAGCGCACCAAAGGGCCGCUAACCAUAAUGAAAACGGAUGAAUUCAGAGAAAAAAGCAUUAAUCAAAUCGCUUCGGCGAUACGCAGUCAAGUUAUAGAAAUGGCGUGUCAGCACGUUGUUAUCGAUAAUCUUCAAUUCCUCGUCAACCAGACGACAAUGAAUGACGAUCACUCAAGCAGCCAGGAUCGUUUUCACCUGCAGCGCAAUGGACAACACAUUCGCCCAUCGUUCCGCACGACUUGUCUGGCUCCUGUUCAUCGUGAGCCCAGUGGAUUUGUCGACGUCGCUGAAGUCCUCCACCAUCUGCUGCAACUCCUCUCAGCUCUGACGUCUGCAAAGCUGGAUUAA